AUCCCCGGUGGCUGGUCCACACUCCGGUGUCUCUCUCUCUCCCCCAGUAAUUGUCACGUUUAGGAAGAUCAGAUGGCAGAGGGUGGAGUUAAUGAUUGGACUGACGGAGUGACACCAGCGUGUUUACCUGCUGUGAGCACUGCGAUAGCGGCCAGCGCAUUCCUGAACCACAGAGGAGCUGCAGCCACUGCCAUCCAGGAAACGCAGCAGUAGCAGCAGCAGCCGGCUCUGCUGGGCGCUCACUGAUGGAAGCUUUGUUUUAGCUCCAUCCUGCAAGCUGCUGCUGCUGCUUCUGUGAGACAACGCGAUCACCAUUUCCCUAUCAGUGCUGAUGCCUUUUAUGUGAUCGGAUUGCAGAAACCUAAUCCUCUUGUCUGCUAAGGGGGCAGAGUCCUAGGGAAGGAGAAGAAGACUACCAUUGAGUGAGAGCACUCUUGCGAUUAAUAAUGAAGCCCUCGCCUGCAGGCUGUUGUGGGGAUGAGGGUGUCUGCUGAGCCUGAGAUCUCAGCCUGGAUGCUGGAAGAGUUAGCAGGGAUAUAACCCUUUGGAUGAAUUUGCAAGACCUGGUCAGCGGUACCUGCAUGUGCUCUAACAUUAGCCGUUUAUAAUAUGCUAAUGCAUUGGGUUACAUUACUGUCAAGGGAAUAUUUUCCACUAUAACCUCAUUUUCUAACAGAUUUGCCCCAAGUGAAGUCUGACAGAAAAUGAUACUGAAGCUCUUGAACUGGAUAACUUUUGCAAUAGUUUUGGGGAAUUACUUCAAAUGCAAUCAAGCACAGAGUGAUGAAGACUGGCAAUAUGAGGAUUGUGAACUUGCCAGGUCUGGUCCACCAGCUACUAUAGUUGCUAUAGAUGAAGAAAGUAGAAACGGCACAAUAAUUGUGGACAAUAUGCAAAUUAAAGGGACUGCUGGAGGCCUCUUUUCCACAAUACAACUUUCCUUGAUAGAAAAUGUGGACUACUGGGUGAUUUUGGAUCCAGUGACUCAAAAGUUAUAUCUCAACAGCACUGGAAGAGUUCUAGAUAGAGAUCCACCAAUGUCCAUCCAGACCUUCGGUGUCAAAAUACAAUGCACAAAUUUAAAAGUUGGCAGCGUCAUUACCCAUGUAGUACGAGUAGUGGUGAGAGACAGAAAUGAUAAUUCCCCCUAUUUUCUACAGCAGAGUUACUCUACUAUGGUCAAUGAGUUAACCCCAGUUGGUACCACAAUCUUCACUGGAUUUGCAGACAAUGGUGCUAGAGACAUAGAUGAUGGUCCUAAUGGUCAGAUUGAAUAUUUUAUCCAGUAUAACCCCAAUGAUACUGCAUCCAAUGAGACGUUUGACAUUCCCCUCACACUGUCCGGAGCAAUGGUAUUACGUCGCAGGUUGAAUUAUGAAGAAAAGAAACGUUAUUAUGUCAUAGUUCAAGCCAAUGACCGUCCCCUCAAUCCUGUUGAAAGGAGGACAAGUACAACAACUUUGACAGUUGAUGUUCUUGAUGGUGAUGACCUUGGUCCUAGAUUUCUUCCUUGUAAACCGGUGACCAACACCCGUGACUGUCAACCGUUAACAUACAGAGCAAGCCUUCCAGAACUCAGCCCUCCAGCAAGAGUGAAUCCAAUUAAUGUCACACCACCUAUACAGGCUGAAGACCAAGAUAAGGAUAUUUUACCAGUCUCUGACAGGCCUGGCAUCCUAUUCUUCCUCCUAGUUGGCACUCCUGAGAAUUAUGCUGAAUAUUUCCAUAUGAAUCGUACAACGGCCGUGCUUUCGCUUCUAAAACCAAUAAGUAGAGAUUUGUACCAGAAAUUUGAUUUGGUUAUUAAGGCUGAGCAAGACAAUGGACAUCCGCUCCCAGCAUUUGCCAAUCUUCAUAUUGAAAUCAUGGAUGAGAACAAUCAGGCUCCGUACUUUACCAUUGCCACAUAUCAGGGUUACAUAUUGGAGUCUUCACCAGUUGGAACAACCAUCUCUGACAAUCAGAACUUAACGGCUCCACUGAGAUUCAUAGCUCUGGAUAAUGAUGUUGAAGAAACAAAAGAUCCCCAGCUCUACUUGUAUUUAACAGACUACAGUACAGUGUUUGCGGUGACCCAAUCUGGAAUUACUCGCCAUCUAACAUUACUUCAACCAGUUGAUCGUGAACGUCAGCAGAUUUAUAGAUUUUCUAUAGUGGCUUCAGAUGGUACCCAAGAAAGUGCUCCAGUCAAUGUGGACAUCCUAGUUAUUGAUGCAAAUGACAACACCCCUACUUUUUCAAACAUUUCUUAUAAUGUCAAGAUUUAUACAGACAUGGCCACUGGGGAGAGCAUUAUAAGACUCACAGCUGUGGAUGCGGAUGAAGGUCUUAAUGGUCAAAUUACAUAUGAAAUCCUUGCUGGGGGUCAGGGGAAGUUUGUCAUUAACAGCAAGACGGGAGUCAUCACCGUUGCUCCAGGAGUCACGCUGACAGUUGGGGAUUCCUAUGCGCUCACUGUAAAGGCCUCUGAUAAUGCUCCUCUAGCACAAAGAAGGAGUUCCAUCACUACAGUAUACAUUGAAGUUCUUCCACCAAAUAACCAGAGUCCUCCACGCUUUGCUCAACUGAUGUACAGUCUUGAAGUCAGUGAGGCUAUGCGUAUAGGGGCUGUUCUAUUAAAUCUGCAGGCUACAGAUAGAGAGGGGGAUCCGAUUACAUAUUUAAUACAAAAUGGAGAUCCUCAGAGAGUCUUCAAUCUUUCUGUAAGUUCUGGACAUUUAAUUUUGGCAAAACCUUUGGACAGGGAAAGUACAGACCGUUACAUAUUGAUAGUGACAGCUUCGGAUGGUCGACCGGAUGGAACAUCAACUGCUACUGUUAAUGUGCUGGUGACGGAUGUGAAUGACAAUGACCCAGUCUUUGAUCUUUACCUGCCUAGAAAUCUCUCAGUGCAAGAGGAAGAAGUGAAUGCUUUUGUGGGUCAAGUCAGGGCAACUGAUCCUGAUGCUGGAGUCAAUGGUCAAGUCCGUUACAGCCUGGCAAACCUCAAUAACAUUUUCCGGAUCACAUCCAAUGGUAGUAUUUAUACAUCUGUAAAGUUGGACAGGGAAAUAAGAGACUAUUAUGAACUCAUUGUCGAAGCAACAGAUGGUGCGCAAACGGACCCUCGUCGUUCUACAAUAACACUGGUUAUUAAAGUUAUUGAUAUUGAUGACAAUAGCCCUGUAUUUACAAAUUCCUCAUAUGUUGUCUCCGUACCAGAGAACAUGGUGCCCGGUACAGUCUUUUUACAAGUACAGGCAAAGGAUGCUGAUCUUGGUGCUAAUGUUACUUAUCGGAUAAGAUCCCAGGAAGUUUUGCAGCUUUUUACAAUGAACUCAUCAAGUGGAGAGCUAUCCCUUCUGAAACCCCUCGACUAUGAAUCAUUCACGGGCAAGGAGGCGGUGUAUGUAUUUCUUGUAGAAGCUUUUGACGCAACAGGCAGCAUGCCUCCCGGAAUUGCUACGGUGACAGUGAGAGUGAAGGAUAUGAAUGAUUAUUCGCCUGUAUUUAACAAAGCCAUCUACUGGGGAAUGGUUGCUCCAGAUGCUAUUAAGGGCACUGUUAUUGUAACAGUUACUGCUGAAGAUUAUGAUCCUCCGGGAACGCCUGCAAGUCAUGUCAGGUACAAAGUAGACGUGGUCCGGUUUCCAUACAGUGCUAGCAUAUUUGAUGUGGAAGAGAACACUGGUCGUGUUGUAACCAGGGUGAAUCUCAAUGAAGACCCCAGCACGAUCUUCACACUGGUUGUGAUCGCUUAUGAUGACGGGGACCCUGUGAAAUCUAACAGCACAAUGGUUAUAAUAACAGUUCUGCAGCCAUCUGUAAUCCCACGGUUCACUCAAGAGGAAUACAGGCCACCUCCAGUGAGUGAAGCUGCCCCAAUUGGUACCACAGUUACUGUGGUAUUGGCUGCUGCACAAAACCAGACCAUGGUGUAUUCCAUCAUCUCAGGGAAUGAUCAAGGUAUGUUUGCCAUUGAUAACAUCACAGGGGUUAUCUCGGUCAUAAAGCCUCUGGACUAUGAAAAUACUACAAGCUAUGAACUUAGAAUUCAAGCUGAUUCUAUGCAAGUGGCUAGAUUUAAUCUGCGAGCAGCCUCUAAAAGUAAUACAGCUAUGGUGUACAUUGAAGUACAGGAUGAAAAUGAUCAUGUGCCACAAUUUUCAAAAAAGCUCUAUCUUGGGGGAGUGUCCGAAGAUGCCAGGAUGUUUGCAUCAGUCCUCAAAGUGAAGACUACAGAUAAGGACACUGGAAACUACAGCGUCAAUAGUUAUAAACUAAUUGUGCCACCUAUUAAAGACAGCAAAGAGGGAUUUGUAAUUGAAUUAUAUUCCGGUGUCAUCAAAACUGCAAUGCUCUUUAAGAACAUGAGGAGGUCUUAUUUCAAGUUUGAAGUCAUUGCAACAGAUGAUUAUGGAAAGGGACUAAGCAGCAAGGCCGAUGUUAUUGUUUCUGUGGUCAAUCAGUUAGAUAUGCAAGUUAUCGUCUCUAAUGUCCCUCCUACAGUUGUGGAAGAAAAUAUAGACAAUCUGAUAAGCAUUCUUGAAGGUUACGUCCAGGACCAAAUUCCAGGUGCAGCAGUUGUGGUUGAAUCCAUUGGUGCCAGGAGAUAUGGAGAUGGUUUCUCAGAAGAAGACUACACCCAGUGUGACUUGAUGGUUUAUGCCGUUGAUCCGCUAACGAACCGGGCUAUAUCACGUAAUGAGCUCUAUAAGUUUUUGGAUGGCAAAGUGCUUGACAUUAAUAAACAGUUCCAGGACCACAUUGGCCUUGGCGGACGUAUUCUGGAAAUCCGCACCCCGGAUGUAGUAGCCAAUGUUAAAAAGCAAGCCCAGGCUGUAGGCUACACUGAGGGAGCAUUGCUUGCAUUGGCCAUUAUUAUCGUCCUCUGCUGUAUACCGGCUAUAUUAGUUGUGAUGGUCAGCUACAGACAGUUUAAAGAGAGGCAAGCUGAAUGUGCAAAGACAGCGAGGAUCCAGAUGGCGAUGCCAGCAGGCAAACCAUCAACCCCUGCUGCCAAUAAUCUGUAUGAAGAGCUGGGUGACAGCACUAUGUAUGAACUGCCACAGUAUGGAAGUCGGCGAAGAUUGCUAUCGCCAUCUGGCAUGUAUGAGGAAUAUGGAGAAGUGGUUGUGGAAAAUGAUGGUAACUAUUACUACAGUCCACAUGGGCCUGCAGCAGAGGGAGAUGGACGAAUUCGUGGCAGAGCUCCUUCUAGGAGAGGUAGAGGGCUAGGACCAGGCAGAGGAAGUAUAGCAGGCAGGCCUGGGCCAGCCAGAGGUAGUAUACAAGGGGUAGCUAGAACCAGUCAAGCAAAGAAAAAAAUGAAGGCAGUUGUGCAGUUAAGUCGAAUUGCAGUCAGCCCUCAAAAGAGCUCUGAGGCUGCAGAUGCUACUUCCCGUUCUCCUUGGAAAAAAGCCAGAAUAUUCCCGAUGAUCCUUCAAAAAGUGAAAGGCAGUGGAAAAGACUCUACAUACGCCAAACUGGUCUCUGCACGUCAAGUUGAAGGUGAUGACAGCAUGGUCAUUAAAGGGAACUAUUUCCAAAAAUCAGCCGAUAAGCACUCUGUCACCAGAAAACUUGACCGUGCCCUCCAACGCCUUAGUGUAGCUAGAAAGCUUCACUCACGACGGAAAUCAGUGACCUCUUCCACUAAAACUUCCACCGCCGGCAGUGAUAAAGACAAAGAGGAGGAAGAUUCAGAUAUAAGCGAAUCUGAAAGAGAGGAGAGUAAAUCUGGAGUUUCAAUUAGCGUAACAGCAGAUAGUGGAUCUGAAGAAAGUGAAGAUUCAGGUGAUGAAGAUAAAAUGUCAUCAAAACCAUCUGAGGGAUCAUCCCGAAGGAGUAGCACUUCUCCAUCUCAAGCUGAUAAAGAUUAUCUGAAGGUAACUUUGGAUCAGGAUGAAACAAAUGAAAGUACAGUCGAUUCAGAUGAAGAGAGAGAUGACAACUUAGAUGAGUCAGAGGAUGAAGCACACUCUAUUUCCAAGUCCAUAGAAAGUGUACAGGAAGAGACAGCAGAUGAGGACACAGAAGAAGAGGAGGAUAAAGAAUCUGAAAGUGUUCAUUCAGAAAAAUCUAGUUUACAUGGUGAAGUAUCAGCCUCUGAAGCAGAAUCCAGGAAAUCUUUGAGAAGUUCAGACAAGCAAUCCGAAAGCAUCAAACAAGGGACAGAUGCUUCCAGUGUACAGAGUGAAAAGAGCGAUGAUGCCAGCAGAGAAUCUGCAGAAGAAAGUGGAAAGAGUAGUUCAAAAUCUAGCUAUAGAUCAAAGAAGUCAUUAGUUGACAGUGAAAUACAAAGUACUAUUGAGGAAGGCUCUGAAGAUGACCAGUCAGCAGAAGAGGAGGAAAAGGAUGAUAUUAGUAAAGCAAGUGAUGUUGGCAGUCAAGCGGACAGAGAUGACUUAAGUGAAGCAUCUGAAACUAAGACAUCAGUAAAAAGUGAAGACAGUCACAGUAGGAGCAGCCAGCUUACAGAUGCACAGAGUAAUAUAAAAAGUGAUGAUGAGGAGGAUGAUGAUUAUAAUAAUAAUGAUGAUGAUGAUGAUGUUAGUCAAGGAAAUGUAUCUCUUAGCAAUCAAAGUCAAAGCACCAUAGCCAGCCAGGAAGCUGAUAACAUUUCCCAGUCUUCUCAUGAUUCUGAAGUCCAAAACUCAAAUGAAAAUACAGAAAGUAACAGCCUCAGCAUGAAAGGAUCAUCUAACCAAUCAGAUGAACAUGACACUGGUCAUGGAUCGGACUCUAAUGUGUCUGUUUCUGAAGCUGCUGGUGACUCCACAUCAUUUUGAAAGCAAACAAUUGCUAGUAAAAAGCGGAUCAAAUUAGUUGUGGAUCGGGAAUAUGAAACUAGUUCUACCGGAGAGGAGAGUGCUCCAGAAUCCCA